AAUGGAGAUUGAUCACGAAUUGACUCCUUUUAAUAUUAAGAAAUUAGUAAAUAAUGGACACACAACAAGAGUGCUUUUUGAAUCUGAACAAGAUACUUUUAUUUGUGAAAUGUAAGUAUAUUAGUUAAUUAAUAAGUAUUGGUCCAAGUUAUCAAUAAUCACCAGAAUGUCAAAUAAAUAUAAAAUUAGAUGGUAAUGAAAUACUUAAAAGAGAUAUUUAUAAUUUAUUAAAACAUUUGAUAUUUACAGAGACAUAUUAGAAACAAUCCUUCACUGUUAUUUUUGAUAUAUGUCCUCCAUAUUCAAAAGCAUUUAAUGCCUUAUAUUAUGCUGUAUUAUUACAUGGAAUUAGAAUCAAAGAUUCAUUUACAUCAUGUUCAGCUGUACUCUUUAAUUAUUUAAUAUAUAGUUUUUAGAUUAAAAUAAAAGACUUAUUGUAGAUAGAAAAGAGAAAUAAUGGAGUGCAAAAUUAAAUUUGGUUUAUUCAAUUAAUUUAUAACAAAUAUUAUGUUCAGAUGUAAUAGGACAAUUUAAUAAUGAUGAUUUGGGAUUAUUAAUAUCUGGAUGUAUUAGUGGAUGCAAUCAGAUAUAUAAUUUUAUUAAAGAUCUCUGA